AUCGUCUCGAUAAUAAUGUACACGUGUCACAAAAAGCGAGACGGAGUCAGGCAGAAAGGUGAAAUGAAUUUCGUUACUUGCCUUGUUAGUACACUAGCUGUUCUCCUUUUGUAUGAUAUAAAAGCUGUCCAGUGCAAUCAAGAGCCAGUUCCGGUGUACUAUCCCAAUCGGAUCGUGUUCACCAAUGAUACAAAAUCUUUUACCGUGCGUGUGACUCGCUUUAUCUGUGCAGAAACCCCGUACGAAACAUCGGAACUGUUGAAUUGCAAAACGGUGCUACGUCGCAACAGGCCCACCUUUUUCAACGUAACAGUGCGCAUACCGGAGGUGUUAAAUACAUUAUAUUUUCAAAUGAAAACAUUCUACCGGCUGAACGAUUAUCAAGAGUUCCCGGUCAAUGUUAUAGUGGAAAUUUGUGCCUACUUUCGUAACCCAUCGGAGGAUAUCUUUUCGCGUCACGUAAUGUCGGUCAUGUUAGAAACGUUGCCGCAUAUGGUUCACUACUGUCCACAUGGGAACAAAACCUAUAAUGCCGUUUAUUGGCUAGAGGAUAAAUUCUUUCCCAAGUCCGUGCCGGCCGGUGACUAUCGGCAGGAUGUUUGGUUUCGCAAUGGACAGAACAAAACCAUCUUUGCCUAUCAAGCGUACUUCUCGGUCCGAAGGAUGGGUGUCUUGCCAUCCUUGAUUGAAUGGUAGCAAAUUUGAUUGUAGCGUACAACCUGAUGAAAUUGCAAUGCAUCCAAUAAACGUUCUAGUUCAAGUGAUCUUUUAA